UGAAUCCCUCCGCACAUCGUCCCUCUCUUCUCCUCCCCUCCAUAGGAUUUCUUAGUCGCCGGUUCGCCGCGCGCCACCGUCCGCCAGCCUUGUAACUUACCCGCACCGUGCCGCUCUUCUGGGAGGUCAGAGCCAAAAGGCCCAAAACGACCAAUAGCUGCGGAAGGCCGCCCUCUCCAUCGGAAUAGCGUACCAGCGAUUGGCCCGGCCCCAGCGGUGGCGGACACUUAGUCAGUACUGGGGAGCCUUCAGCAGCUUCUCGCCCUCCUCUCGACAGUGCCUCUUCUAAGUUAAAAUGCAAGAAGUCGCUCCUUUUGGUGAUUGGUGCGGAGCUACUAUCAACACGAUCAUAAGUCCAUUCUACAAUCGUUUUGCAAAGCAUGCAUUGUAUUGCUUCACGGCUGGCUCAAACGUGAGGGACCACUGGAUAGAAACUGAGGCUCUGAAACUCAAACAAGCAGGCGUCCAACAGAAGAUUCGAGAUGACGAGCAUACGUUAGACGCCGUGCCAACAGAACAGGCAAGAUUAUGGCUGGAAUCGGCGAAUACAGCUGUAUCUGAAGAAGCAGCAAACCAUCUGCGAUACAAUCAGAGGUACCCAUUAUUCGGGUGUUGCUACCCAAAUUUCUUAGAAAACUAUAAGAUCAGUAAGCGAGCGGAUGAGCAGCAGAAACAUGUAAAAUCAAUCACGAGUAAUGCACCAGGUGAUAAUAACAUCACACGUGCACCAAAUCCACGUCGUGUCGAGAGUAUGCUUGUAGAUCCUGCCCCAAUACCGCCAAGCAGAUGGGUUAUUCUUCGGAGUGCUCUCCAGUUCAUCGUGAGCAAUGAUCCCAGUGAGGGGAUAGUUGGAAUGUGGGGUCCAGACAAAGAUGAUAACACAAAUUUCCUCAAGCAUAUCAACAAUUCAUUUCUUGAACAAAGUCUCUUCGAUUUUGUUAUCUUUGUCCCAAGCCCCAGCGAUUGCUCGGUAACAAAUAUUCAAUCUGAAAUCAUAAAAAGACUCGGUAUGAAGCAGGAGGGUAAUGAGGAAACUCGAGCCACUAGGAUAUGUGGACAGCUUGAGAACAAAAAUUUCCUGUUGAUUGUGGGUGACCUCCAUCAGAAUCUGGACCUUCGAGCGGUUGGCAUUCCAUAUCCUCUUGGAUUCGUUGGAGAGAAGAAGAGGAAAGUGGUAAUCAUGUAACUAUCAGGAUACAGAUCCGUUGGUAAUCUGAUGGGUGUGAACAAAGAUAUUGAACUUCCUAUUUUGCAAGAGGAGGAAGCACGCGAGUUAUUUAGACAGUCAAUAAAUUACCAAGGGGAUCUUUAUUCUGAUCCCCGCAUUGGAACACAUGCUACUGAUCUGGUACGGGCAAUAAAUGGCCUGCCAUCGGAACUGGUACGUUAUGGGAAGUCAAUGCAUGGAAUAAUGGAUGCAAGUUUCUGGAAAGUUGCUAUAGAUGAUGCAGCAAGUAAAUUUUCUAGGUCACGUUCGAUAGAAGACACUCUCCGUCUCAUUGAGGAUGAUCCCACAUUGGGGGUAAUUGGAAUAUGGGGUCCAGGUGGAGUGGGAAAAACACAUCUUCUAAAAAAAAUCCAGGGCUUUUUCAGAGGAAGGAUGACUGUUAUAUGGGUCACAGCCUCUAAGGAGUGUUCAGUGCUAAAGGUCCAAACACAAAUUUUAGACGACCUAAAACUGAAAGGGGAUGGUAAUAUGAGAACCCAAAGUAGUAUGAUCCGUGGCUUCCUGGAGAAUAAAAGCUUUCUGUUACUAUUAGAUGACGUUUGGGAAAGAAUUGAUCUGGACGCAAUUGGCUUACCACUUCCCCUUGGAAUUGAACCUCUGAACAAAUUCAAGAGAAAAGUUGUGCUCACAACAAGAUUUACAUCCGUUUGUGGUGGGAUGGAGGUGAAAAAACAGAUUCAAGUUCCAUAUCUGCGGGAGAUUGAGGCAUGGGAGCUAUUUAGAGAGAAGGUCGGAGACCAAACUCUUUUUUCUCCUGGUAUUGAGGAUCGUGCAAGAAUUCUUGUGACUGAAAUGAAGGGAUUGCCUUUAGCUUUGGUAACCGUGGGAAGGGCAAUGUAUGGGAAAUUUUGUGCCGAUCAAUGGGAUUCUGCCAUCCAACAUAUGAAAAACUCAUGUUGCAUUGACACAAAUGAAGACCCACUGAAGAUGGAGGAAGAAGUUUUCAGAAAGAUCAUGUUUAGCUAUGAUAACCUGAAAAGCGGGAGGCUGAAGAACUGUUUCUUGACUUGUGCACUAUGGCCAGAGGAUUAUGAGAUUCACAAAGAAGAACUCGCUCAAUGCUGGGUUGGCAUAGGUCUAGUGGGUGUGGGGGACAUACAAAGUCCCUACACAAAAGCAUAUAGUCUGAUGGGCGACCUUACAGGUGCAUGUUUAUUAGAGGGUUGUGGAGAAUCAAAUGAUUGGGUCAAACUACAUGAUGUGAUUCGUGAUAUGUCUUUAUGGAUCUCUUGUGGCUGUGGUAAGAACAAUGGCAACUGGUUUGUCCAUGCAGGAGUUGGCCUAGAUGAAAAAAUUGGCAUCCCUUGGAGCAGUGCAGAAUACAUCUCAUUAAUGUUCAACAAGAUGAAGAAACUUCCUUUUGUUGGUCAUCCGCUAAAACUGACGGUGUUAUGCCUUCAGAAAAAUAAUUUGGAUGAAACAAUAAUAGAUGGAGUACUGGCGAAUGCCGCUACACUGACAUAUUUAGAUUUGAGUUAUAAUGAAAUCAAGGGGAUCCCUGAAAGCAUAUGUUACCUGCUAGAAUUGAUACAUCUCGACUUAUCAUUUAAUAAGGGGAUACAGGAAGUGCCUCGUAGCUUUGGAAACCUCGUUAAGCUCAAGUUCCUAUACCUUCAGUAUAGUUCCACACAAAUAAUACCAAAGGAGGUCAUAUCUAGACUUCAAGCAUUGGAAAUAAUACACGUGGAUAUUAUGUUGGUGUCUGAUUUUGUCAGAUCUAAUGUAUAUACAGAGCUGAGCACACUGAAUCACUUGAAAGUUUUUGGUACAUCAGUAAUACUUUCGGAUGCAUGGACAUCACUUCAUGAUGCGGCCGACCUACCCAUUCGGUCUUUACGUCUUGACGCACUUCAUGGUGGGGCUGACCUACCCAUUGGGUCUUCAAGUCUUGAAGCAUCCGCUGAAAAUAAUGAAUUCCAUCUCUAUGAUAUUUUAUCAUUGGACUUCGCGCAAACGACCUUGUAUGAUCUGGAUAUUGCAUACGACCGGUGUGUGACAGAUAUAACAUUAAUACAUAGACCUGAACAACAACCCUACAAUUUUGGUAUUCUCAGUAACCUGACCCUGUAUGAUUUGUCAGCAUGGAUAACAGUAAAAUGGAUGGGAACAUCUCCAACAUCUGUAUUUCCAAGGCUCACUUGUUUGACCGUGUCAGACUGCCCCAAUCUAGAGCACCUGUCUUGGGCGAUGUAUCUACCUUGCCUUGGAGAACUCGACGUAGAAUAUAAUCAUAGCAUGCAGAAGGCUUUUACGAGGUAUCAUGUUGACAACGUGUGGAGUGGACUAGAAAGUUCCCAGACAUUCCCUUGCCUCAAGCAACUUCGUCUUGCGAAAUGUGAAACGCUGGUCACUAUUGCGGAUCCUGAUGUGACAUUUCCAUCCCUAGAGGUGCUGCUGAUUACAGUUUGUCCAGAGCUGAAGAAGCUUCCUUUUAACAUGACCAGCUUGCCACAAAGUCUGAAGGUUCUACGGAUGCGUGAUACUGAAUCCUGGGAGCGAUUGGAACUGGAAGAAGGUGUCAAAUCUUUCCUUCAACCCAGGCUUCAAUAUUCAUAAUAAAUAACAGAGUAAUCCGUCCAUUCCAUUCGAUGUUUCUAUCUGACUCAAACAAGGAUAGGCAAAGGUAUCAUCAUCUCGUCCGGGAGUGUUAUCAGGCAUGCUUAUACAGCGUGGGCGGGAAAUAGCUUCUUUUGGCUCCAGAGGUGUGUUCGUUUGUGCUCUACAUUUUCCUUUCCCUAUAGUUUGAGGUUCAGUUUCGUCGGGUCCUAUGUUGUGAGCUGGACCGAAGUAUUGCCAGAGACCUGAUGUGUUCUUGAGUGCAAGUAGCUAAGGUUUAUGUGUCCACUGUGUUGGCGUUUUUGCCCGACUGGCAGGAGUAUGUAAAUCAUCCUUGCCGAUUUGCAUGGAGGCGUUUUUCAGUUGUGUGAGACCUGACAAUCAAACUUACCCGGCAUCU